GAGCCGACCCGGCCGGACCAGAUCCGACCCGACAACCCAGGACGACUCGCUACGAUCACAUUCUCGCCAUUUUCAGUCGAUUCUGAGAGAGAGAGAAGAUCCAGACGAAGUGGUUGCUGAGAGAGAGAGAGAGAGGAUGUCGCUAAGGCCGAGUACGCGCGCGGAGCUGAGGAAGAAGAUCUACAAGACAGGGGUCGAUGCGGACGAGGCGCGGCGGAGGAGGGAGGACAACCUCGUCGAGAUCAGGAAGAACAAGCGAGAAGACAGCCUCCUCAAGAAGCGUCGCGAAGGCAUGAUGCAGCUGCCCCAGCAAGCGCCUCUCGGUCCGGGCCUCGAUGCGUCCCAGAACGCUGCCGCAGCCGAGAAACGGUUAGAAGGUAUCCCAAUGAUGGUUCAAGGUGUUCUGUCUGAUGAUCCUCAAGUGCAAUUAGAGGCCACUACACAGUUUAGGAAGCUGUUGUCUAUCGAGCGUAGUCCUCCGAUUGAUGAAGUCAUCAAAGCUGGUGUUGUCCCCCGUUUUGUGGAGUUUCUCGGAAGACAUGAUCAUCCACAACUGCAGUUCGAAGCUGCAUGGGCUUUGACCAACGUUGCAUCAGGGACGUCAGAUCAUACACGUGUUGUGAUUGAUCAUGGGGCAGUGCCUAUUUUUGUCCAGCUUCUUAGCUCUGCCAGUGAUGAUGUUAGAGAACAGGCAGUGUGGGCUCUAGGUAAUGUUGCCGGAGACUCUCCAACCUGCAGGAAUCUCGUCCUCAGUUAUGGUGCUCUCAUGCCAUUGUUGGCUCAAUUAAAUGAAAAUUCAAAGUUAAGCAUGCUCAGGAAUGCGACAUGGACCUUGUCCAAUUUUUGCCGUGGGAAACCUCCUACACCAUUUGAUGAGGUGAAGCCUGCAUUGCCGAUUCUUCGGCAACUUAUCUAUUUAAACGAUGAAGAAGUUCUCACAGAUGCUUGCUGGGCUCUCUCCUACCUUUCAGACGGACCCAAUGAUAAGAUUCAGGCUGUGAUUGAAGCGGGGGUCUGUCCACGGCUUGUGGAGCUCCUGAGUCAUCCAUCACCGACAGUUCUCAUUCCCGCCCUUCGAACUGUGGGUAACAUCGUCACCGGUGACGAUGCUCAGACACAGUUUGUAAUUGACAAUAGAGUCCUUCCGCAUCUCUACAAUUUGCUUACUCAAAAUCACAAGAAAAGCAUCAAGAAAGAAGCUUGUUGGACUAUUUCAAAUAUUACUGCCGGGAAUAGAGCUCAGAUACAGGCUGUGAUUGAUGCCUGCAUCAUCCUUCCUCUCGUGCAUUUGCUCCAACACGCGGAGUUUGACAUCAAGAAGGAAGCAGCCUGGGCAAUCUCCAAUGCCACCUCAGGAGGAUCUCACGACCAGAUUAAAUUUCUUGUGACACAAGACUGCAUCAAACCACUUUGUGAUCUUCUAAUCUGUCCUGACCCGAGAAUCGUGACGGUUUGCCUCGAGGGCCUCGAGAACAUCCUCAAGGUUGGUGAGGCUGACAAGGAGAUGGGAUUGAACGGAGGGGUGAAUCUCUAUGCCCAAGUGGUCGAAGAAUCCGAUGGGUUGGACAAGAUCGAGAACCUUCAAACCCACGAUAACAACGAGAUUUACGAGAAGGCCGUUAAGAUCCUGGAGAGAUAUUGGGCCGAAGAGGAGGAAGAACAGAAUCUCCAGGACGGUAUGAACCAAAACGGCCAGCAAGGUUUCAACUUUGGGACCGAUCAACCCGGCGCCCCCUCCGGCGGAUUCAACUUCGGCUAAAAAGGUAUAACAAUAUACAAAAACCGAAACCAUUUGGCCCGAUAAAUCUCGAGUUCCGACCCUUGCAACUGUUAUCUACAAUCACAUCUUGUGUUAGCAUUUGCCAGGUUAAAAGUCAGUGUUUUUGAAUUCCUGACAGAAAGGCUCUCUCUUUUUUGGUCUCCAUGUCCGAAUCAGCCCCCAAUCUCUGAAUUUCUCUCCUCUCAUUGUCUCUUUGGCCCUUGUUAUGUCUCGAGAUCAAUCAUGUAUACAGUCACAUGGUUUGUAUCACACUACUUUUGUUUGUUGUGAUUAUAAUCUUACCAUUUUCGAUUUGGCGAAUAAAACACAGAUUCUGUUUUGA